AUGUCGAGCCCCAAAGUCGCUUCCGACACAGAGCUCGCAGAAGUCAGCCAGAAUGCCGACGCUGGCUCCGAGACUCCGAGCGAUGAACAGGCGAUUCUAGAGAAGCAGAUCAGGCUGAAGGUCGACUUUCGCCUUUGCACGAUCGCUGGAAUCCUGUGCAGUCUCAACCUGCUUGAUAGUGGCGUCAUCUCCAGCGCCUCGGUUACUUCCAUGUUGUCGGAUCUCGACCUUGACAAAGGCAACCGAUAUUCUGUCUCCAUUUUCAUCUUCACGAUCGCAAGCAUUUGCUUUCAGCUGCCAUCGACGAUUGCUGUGAGGACAUUUGGUCCCCGCCGCUGGUUUUCGUUGAUUACUUGCUGCUUCGGCUCAAUUACCCUGUGCACUGGAUUCAUCCAGACCUGGAAGCAGAUGAUAGCGUUGCGCAUCCUUCUCGGCGCAUCCAUGGCAGGCAUUUACCCUGGACUCAGCUAUCUGAUCAGCACUUGGUACACCAGAGAAGAGCAGCAGCUCAGAUUUGCUUUUCUUCAGAGUGGUCAAGUCAUCAUCCUUGCAACGGGGAGCAUUGUCAACUUCGGACUGAACCACCUGAAUGGCCACGGCGGCCUUGAAGGGUGGCGAUGGAUGUUCAUCGUGCAGGGCGCAAUCACUUGCUUCAUAGGUGUCGUCACAUACUGGUGGAUGGUCGACUUUCCGGAAAAUGCCCAUCGCAGCUUCAUGUUCCUCUCCAAGGAUGAGAGUGCCAUUGCUGCUAGCCGCAUCCAAAAAGAUCGCUCUGAUGUGCACGCGGAUCCGUUCGCCAUCAACAAAGUCCUCGUCCAUGCUCUUGAUCCCAAAGUCUACGGGCUCUGCUGCCUGUUUUUUCUGCAGAAUGUCGUCAGCACUGCGCUGGCCUACUUUCUUCCGAUAAUCCUGCAGAGUGGUAUGGGCUUUUCGUCCAACGCGUCCAUUCUUCUGUCAGCACCGCCCUACUAUUACGCCGUUGUUCCUGCGUUACUUUCAUCCCUGGUAGGAGACAAGUACCGCAUGCGCGCCCCUAUUAUUACUUUCAACUGCGUCUGCGUGGUUGUUGGGUUCUGCAUGUUGGGGUUAGCGGACCAAGUCACAGUGAGAUACAUCGGGACCUAUCUCGCCACAGGGGCGUAUGUGGCCAAUUGGGCGGCUCUGAUGGCAUAUCAGGCAAAUAACAUUGUCGGGCAGUGGAAGCGGGUGUUCACCGCGGCGAUAUGCACUGCAUUCAACGGAGCAGGGGGCAUAGCAGGCAGUUACAUAGUGCGCAGCAACGAAGCGCCGAAAUAUGCUACCGCCGUCUGGGUCUCGAUAGGCUCGCAUCUACUGAUGAUUGGUAUUGUGAUGGUCUUCUCAGUCUAUUUCAUGGUUGCCAACAGGGCUCAACAGCGGGGGAUGAAGAUCCUGGAGGCGACAGAGGGCUUUCGGUUUACGAUAUGA